AUGACAUCUAUCGCGAUUGUGGACGAUCGCAGCGCCUCCAUACAAUACAGCGGAAACUGGGUGCCGGGGGGCACCAGCUUUGAAUACGACACCACUACCACGGGAUCGAAUUCAACCGGGGACACCGCGACCUUCACGUUUACAGGAACGUGGGUCUCGGUAUACGGAACUACAGGAUCGACCUCUACUAACGGGAUACCUACGAUUCAAUUCACCGUUGACGGAGGAGCUCCGGUUUUGUUUACGGCGCCAAACGUUUCUGUACAAGCCCUGUAUCAUUAUCAGACGUUUGCAUCUGAUGUUCUGGAUGACACGACUCAUACUCUAGUCAUCAAAAACACGAGCCCAGGCUGCCCGCCGGCGCUGUGCACAGCGUGGAUUGACUUCAUCGAAUAUAUCCCGUCGCAAGCUAGCUGUAUGAUUAUUGUUUCCUUCAUCCGAUCUUCAUCCUCUGACAAAGUUUGGGGGACAGCGUCCACAUCAGUUCCGUCAUCAUCGCCGUCUUCGCCUGCAACAUCAUCCUCUGGGACCGCCAGUCAUACGUCUAAUGUGGCACUUGCAGCCGGCAUCGGAGGGAAAGGCGUCAGAGACUACAGUUGGUUGAUGUAUGACCUUGCUUCUGAGGAUAUAGCAGAAAUGGCUGCUCGUACUUACCAACCAAUUAUCACGGAGCAUCAAGCGUCUGAGGUCUCCAGCAGCUCAGCUGGACGUCUGCAAACAGCGAUUGAACGCCUACCGCGUCGAAAGGGUUAA